AUGUCCAAGACAUCCACUCCCAUGAAGACCCUGUUUUCCCCCAGUCUGGCAUCAGCCAGCUGUCUGCUGUCAGAGGAGAGGUUACUGUGUUCCAUCUGUCUGGACGUGUUCACAGACCCACUCUCGAUCCCGUGUGGACAUAACUUCUGCAGCACAUGUAUCAACACGUACUGGGACAGCGGGGACACUUGCCAGUGUCCGAUGUGCAAACGGAAAUUCUCCACAAGACCUGAACUUCAAGUCAACACUUUCAUCUCAGAGUUAGCUGAUGAGUUUAAGAAGUUGGUCCCAGUCAAAGCCUCAACUCCAGGCCCACAGCUUCCGGCGGUUGACGUUCUUUGUGACAUCUGCUCUGAGAUAAAAGAAAAGGCUGUUAAAUCUUGCCUGACGUGUCUGACUUCUUUCUGUGAGUCACACCUGGAGCCGCAUCGCAGAGUUGCUGGGCUCAAAGGUCACACAUUAUUAGAGCCAGUAAAGAAUCUCGACGACAGGAUGUGCAAGACACACAACAAGAUGACAGAGCUGUACUGCUUGAAGGAGCAGGCCUUCAUUUGCCUCCUGUGUUUUACAGCCGAUCACAAGGGUCACAACGCUGUCCCCCUGGAGGAGCAAUAUGAAAAAGUGGCGGCAACAAAAGACAAGGCCCAGGCAAACAUCCAGAAGUUGAUACAAACACGGAUUGAGAAGAUAGCGAAGUUUGAAAAAUUACUCGAUGUCAGCCAGGUACAAUCUGAAAAAGAGGAAAAAGCCACCGUGCAGGUGUUCACCGAGUUGAUCCAGUCCAUUCAGGUGAGCCAGGACGAGCUAGUUGAGGCGAUCGAGCAGAGGCACAGUGCAAUAAAGCAAAAGGGUGAAGAGUUUCUCAAAGAACUGAGGAGGGAAGUUACUGAGCUCAAGAGCCGAAGCAGUCAGCUGGAACAUCUGUCACAGUCAGAGGAUCACUAUCAUUUCCUCCAGAACUUCACGAACUUCUUGCGAGGACACCUGACUCGGCUGAAACAGAGAGUCGAUGAAAUAAUGGAAAAGAUUCCUUGGAUCGGAAUGAAAAGAAUGAGAGAACACGCGGUCGACUUGACCCUUGACCCUGACACUGCAUUUAAGUUACUUGUCAUAAGCGAAGAUGGAAAACAAGUUACAGUAGAAGACAACAUUGAAAAGGUCAAAGAUACCAACAAUCCAAAGAGAUUUGAUGCAUAUUGUGAUGUUUUGGCAAAAGAGGGAUUCACAUCAGGAAAGUUUUACUUUGAGGUGCAGGUGAAAGGAAAGAUAAGUUGGGUCGUUGGUGUGGUCAGAGAGUCGGUGGAUAGAAAGAACAAGACAGAUCUGUCAGUUGAAAAUGGAUUUUGGUGCUUUGCAUUGGUUGAGGGCAAAUAUGAAACAUCUGCAGACUCAGAACCUGAAAUAUUGAAAGAAGAGCUUCAGAAGUUGGGCGUCUUUGUAGACUACAACAAAGAUGAGGUGUCGUUUUACAAUGUAGACUCUAAAUCACGCAUCGGUUGUAUCACGGGCUGCUGUUUUACAGAGAAACUUUAUCCGUACUUCUGCCCUCAGCCGAAUUAUAAUGGAACAAACUCCGCCCCUCUCAUCAUUACACCUGUACCUCAAACUCACUAGUCCAUCCGUCCCAUUCUCGAGAACGUGAA